UCUAGUGGCGACGCUCGAGCCCAUACAAAGUGUAAGUCGCUGCUUAGCUCGAGGACGUCCACGUCAUAUUAUACUGUCCCGUCUAAACAGUAUUGACAUCGCACAGCGGCAGGUUAUGUCACAGUCUGACGACAAGAUGAAUUUGGAGGAGUACUUCAGAAGAAUUGGUUUCCAUGGCUCAUAUGAAAACCCGGAUCUUGCAACACUGAAGCUGAUACAUCAACAACACAUCUUGUCUAUUCCGUUUGAAAACCUCAGCAUUCACUGUGGUGAGAAGAUCAUCAUGGACCUUGAAGUCAUUUUCAAUAAGAUAGUGAGGAGCAGUCGUGGGGGUUGGUGCCUUGAGAACAACUUCCUGUUCAGCUGGGUGCUGAGAGAAAUGGGCUACAACACUACGACCUUGGGCUCCAGAGUUUUCAACAGUACCCUCAAUGACUUUGGUCCUCUUGAUUCUCAUCUCAUCAACAAGGUUAUCAUUGAUGGAAAGGCUUACAUUACAGAUGUAAGCUUUGGGGUGUCUUCCCAAGUCCGGGAGCCCCUGGAGCUCAUCUCUGGAAAGGACCAACCUCAGGCAGCGGGGGUCUUUCGUCUCAUAGAUAAGGGGGGCGUCUGGGUGCUGGAGAAGACUGGUAGAAAGCCAGAGGUCGUCAAUCCAGAGUUUGCUGAAUCAAGUCUAGUAAACAGGAAGGAAACAAAGCAGAUCUACUGCUUCACCUUGGUGCCUCGGGAACCAGAUCAUUUCUUUGAGAUAAACCACACACUUCAGACAGAUCCUAAUUCGCUGUUCACCAAUAAGUCCAUCUGCUCUUUGCAAACACCCACAGGGUUCAGAGCCCUGAUUGGCUGGACCUACAGUGAGGUUACCUACAAACCUGAGGAAGGUGUUGAUGUCUUAGACAUGAGAGACAUACCAGAUGAUGAGAUAGAACAAAUUCUGAGGGAAAAGUUCAGUGUAAAGUUGCACAAGAAGCUAAACCCUGUCAGCAACAAAGCAUGCUACACCCUCUGAAAAAAUGUGUCUGUUAUUAAAUUGUCCUGGAGUAAAUGCAUUAACAAUUCUUUGAAUUUAAUUUUUUGUACAAUGAAAAUUGCAACAGUUAUAUUAGAACUGAUCAAAGUAAAAAUAUGUUAAAAAUAAUAAUGUUAGUCAUCAACAUUUUUGACAAAAAAAUAAUGUAUAUUUAAAUCAGGUAUCCCAGAAUGCCAGGUUACACUUUGCAAAAAAGUGCUGUAAAAAAAAAAUUUUGCUGACUAAACUACUAUUAAUAAACAGGAGUAUUGAAGAGAUGAAAGUGUGAAGAAAGUCACGAUAAUAGUAGGAAUGUUAAUACUUCACUAUAUUGAGUUACCCAGCAAAGCAUUUUAGUUUUGAAUGGACUUGAGUAAGACUUUUAUAUUAAUCAUCCAAUGAAACAAAAAAGGUUGCUGUCCUACCAGAGCGAGUGAGUGGUGGGAGAAACAUACUAGGUCGUUUUACUCUUCAGUACGUUACCAAAGAUUGGAGACUUCUCGUUAGUGUUGCGUCCUGUGUCCUCUGUCCACAAAGGUCUGAUUAAUGUGGUGCAGUAUAAAGUUUGGCUGACUGAUGGAGCCCACAGGAUGUAUCAGAGAACUGGACUGUGUAAGAAUGAAGUAUCUCAAGUUCAUUGAAGGAGCAGACAUGUCUUUGUCAUUGAGAGUAUUAGCAGCCAAGGAAAAUUUAUUUUCAGUCUAAGAAAAUCUAUAUAAAAAGAACAAUGUUGUUAUUAUUAUGGUACAUACUGUUCAUUUAUGUCACUGCAAUCUACUAAGCUUCAAGUGAUAUGUUAUCAAGUCAUAUAUGAAUGCCAACCUGCAUGUCCUUGACUUAAUCUCAUCUGUGUUCUGUGUACUCACUCACAUAUUAUCAUCAUUGUGCUUAAAUAUUAUGUUCAUAAACUUUUACAUCCUUUUCCUCUGAAACAUGGCUGAGCCUGUGGUUUUGUAAGAGGGCUGGAGGUGGAAACUGAGCUUCAUGAGAAGAGAGUAAAAAAUUUAAAGGGCCAGUGACAUAGUUUAUUUUGUAUUAUGAAGUUUAUCAUUGUCUGUUUGAUACAUGUUUGUGAAUUGGGCAUUUAGUCAAUUUGUUGUUAGCGUCUACCUCUCCCUGGCUAAAGCUCAUAUCCUCUUCUUAGCUUUUCAUAUCACGGAAAAACAAGUGUUGGAGUAAUCUCAGUUGAGUUUUAUGACUACAUUUGAAGACCUUGGGUGGACAACUGCUAGGGCAGUCCUAUUAAAAUUAUUUA